GGGAGAGCGGAUUAUAGGGAUUAUGCGGGGUCCGGGGAGAGCGGAUAGAUAUAGUGAAUGCGGGGUCCGGGUGAGAGCGGAUAUAGUGAAUGCGGGGGUCCGGAGAGCGGAAUAUAGUGAAUGCGGGGUCCGGGGAUGAGAGCGGAUAUAGUGAAUGCGGGGGUCCGGGGAGAGCGGAUAUAGUGAAUGCGGGGUCCGGGGAGAGCGGAUAUAGUGAAAUGCGGGGUCCGGAGAGAGCGUGGUAUAGUGAAUGCGGGGUCCGGGGAGAGCGGAUAUAGUGAAUGCGGGGUCCAGGGAGAGAGGGAUAUAGUGAAUGCGGGGUCCGGGAGGAGCGGAUAUAGUGAAUGCGGGGUGUCCGGGGAGAGCGGAUAUAGUGAAUUGCGGGGUCCGGGGAGAGCGGAUAUAGUGAAUGCUGGGGUCCGGGGAGAGCGGAUAUAGUGAAUGCGGGGUCCUGGGAGA